GAUCUAUCUAUAAUAAAUUACAACAAUGGCACCUCAUCAACAAAAAUCAAAACAACCUCCAAAGAAAGAAAGUCAGCGUGUUAUACGUCGUCGAAAUGAGAAGGCUGAAAUUGAAGCUAUUGAAAGUAAACUUGCUUCUCCUGAACCAUUGUCUGACGUAAAAUACUUUAAUGAUUUACCUUUAUCUGAAAAAACCAAAGAAGGUCUGAAAAAAGCCAAUUUCACUCAAUUGACUGAAAUUCAACGUAAGGCCAUCCCUUUGGCUUUGGCAAAACGAGACGUACUUGGUGCUGCUAAAACUGGAAGUGGUAAAACUCUUUCCUUUUUGAUCCCUAUUCUUGAUCUUCUUUAUCGAUCUCAAUGGAAUGCUUCUGAUGGUCUUGGUGCUUUGAUCAUUUCACCUACUCGAGAAUUGGCAGUACAAAUUUUUGAAGUAUUAAAAAAGAUUGGACGAACUCAUACUUUUUCGGCAGGAUUGAUUAUUGGUGGCAAGGAAUUCCAUGUAGAACAAGAACGUAUUGCUAUGAUGAAUAUUUUAGUGGCUACACCAGGUCGUUUACUUCAACAUAUGGAUCAAUCUGUAGGUUUUCAUUGUGAUAAUCUUCAAGUAUUAGUAUUGGAUGAAGCGGAUCGUAUUAUGGAUAUGGGUUUUCAACGUACAAUCAAUGCAGUGGUAGAAAACUUACCAAAACAACGACAAACAUUACUCUUUUCAGCAACACAAACUCGAUCAGUCAAGGAUUUAGCACGACUCAGUUUACGUGAUCCAGAAUACGUGGCAGUACAUGAACAAGCAGAACACAGCACUCCUCAGAAGUUGACUCAACAUUAUGUGGUGUGUGAACUUCAAGAAAAAUUAGAUAUUCUCUAUUCUUUUAUCAAGACACAUUUGAAAAGCAAGGUGAUUGUGUUUUUAUCCAGUUGUAAACAGACUCGAUUUGUAUUUGAAAGCUUUUGUAAACUUCAACCUGGUAUUCCCAUCAUCCAUCUUCAUGGCAAACAGAAACAAACCAAACGUGUGGAUAUCUUUCGACAAUUUACAAAUAGUCAACAUGCUGUCUUAUUUUGUACCGAUAUUGCUGCUCGUGGAUUGGAUUUCCCUGCUGUGGACUGGGUGGUACAAUUGGAUUGUCCUGAAGAUGCUGAUACUUAUAUUCACCGUGUAGGCCGUACUGCUCGUUUUGAUGCUGAAGGUCAUGCUCUUCUGAUGCUUGUUCCUUCUGAAAAGGAGGGUAUGUUGGAAGAACUCAAGAAUAAAAAGGUGCCUAUUGAAGAAAUCAAGAUUCGUGCCAAUAAACAACAAUCCAUUCAAACUCAAUUACAAAGCUUUUGUUUUCAAGAUCCUGAAAUUAAAUAUCUUGGUCAACGGGCAUUUGUGGCAUACAUGAGAUCCGUAUACCUUCAACGUAAAAAGAAUAUUUUCAAAGUGACUGAAUUACCAGCAGAUGCUUUUGCUCAUUCUCUUGGUUUGGCUGGUACUCCCAAAAUCAAGUUUGUCAAAAAAGCUGAAAAAGCCAUGGGUCCUAAAGUGGUUGAUACUAAAGAAGAAGAAGAACAAGAACAAGAAGAAAAUCAACAGACCAAAACCAAAUAUGAUCGUAUGUUCCAAAAACGUAAUCAAGAUAUCCUAUCUGAACAUUACACCAAACUUGUGGAUUAUGAAGGUGAUAAAUUGGGAGAUGAAGAUGAUGAUGACUUUAUGACUUUGGGUCGUGUCAAUCAUACUUUGGAAAGUGAUGAAGAGGAUAACAUGAAGGACACCAAGGCAAAUAAUUUAUCUAAACGACAAGCAAAAAUGGGUAAAAAGGAAUUGGCCAAACGAUCAGCUAAAGGUGAAAAACUUGUAUUUGAUGAAGAAGGAAAGCCUCAUCAACUUUACGAAAUGUUGGAUGAAUCUGAUUUCUUAAAGGCUGGUGAUGCAAAGACACAAAAGGAUGCAUUUAUCAGUGAAACUGGUGAAUUGAUGAAGGUGGCUGAUAUUGAUGAUAAGGCUGUUGCAAAACAAAAACGGGCUGAAAAGAAAAUGAAACGAAAGAUGAAGGAAAGAGAAGCUCGUGAAUUGGCUGCUGGCAAAGGUUCUGAAGAUGAUAUGGAACAAUACACCGAAGAAGAAGAAGAAGAAGAAGAAGAAGAAGAAGAAUAUACUCAAAAACGUAAAUGGUUCCAAGGCUCAGACAAUGAGGAUGAAAGUGAUGAUCAAGAAGAAUCUAGUCGUAAGAAACGGGUCCUUCAAGUGGAUGAACCAGAAACUAUUCAAGAUCAAGAAGCUUUGGCACUCAAAUUAUUGGGUGGUUUAUAAGAUCUUUUUUUUUUUUUUUGGUCAUUAUUUUGUUUACAAUGUAUUUUUCUUUUAUUAUUAUUAUUAUUAUUCAUUAUACACAUACACAACUUUAUUCAUCUAUUGCAUUUUUGACAUGGUGCUUUCACCUGACUAUAAAAUAAAAUUAAACUUAUUCGGAG